AUGGUGAUUAUGUGCAGGGAUCUAGACGAGAUCACGUCGGUAGAAGAGCUCAAGGAUGCUCUGAAGUCACAGUGCAACCUGGGCGAGGUUCAAAUGGCAAUCCGAAUAAGGAAAGCAUUCGUAGCAACACAAACAGCGAUAAUUCGUCUGUCAGAAACCGCUGCUAACAUGGCUCUAGCGGUAGGCAAACUGACUGUUGGAUGGUCUAAAUGCCCAUUGAAAGCCACCCCAGUGAAUAAACAAGCGAAGAGAUGCUUUAAAUGUUUGGGCUUCGGACACCGGGCAGGGGCUUGUAAAGGUCCGGACAGAACCAACAUGUGUUGGAAAUGCGGGGAAACAGGUAAUUUUGCGAAAGACUGCACGCAAAGACCCAAGAGCAUGUUUUGCACUCCAGAGGAUGGAAAUGACCAUCAGACGGGUGGCUACAAAUGCCCUGCCUACAAGAGGGCGAUCGCAGGUCAACAGUAG